AUGUCUGCAUCGUCCAAAGCCUCUCUUGAGAUUGUCUCCACAAUGUACGUAACAAAGGGCAGCGAUAUAGUCGAAGUCGUCGUUGAAGAGACCAAAACGACGGUCACCAAGACCGCGACGGCUACGGCGAACACUGAGGAGACCACUACCACGCUGUCUCCAUCCACUGCCGACAUAUUCUCAGAAGAGACCACCGUGGAGCCCUCAACCACAGUCACAACUGUCACGGAAUGGCUGUCAGAGGCUACUACAGCCAAAAUAUCUCAAUCCUCUUCUCGUUCUCAAACAUCACCCUCAAGUGUCGCGACUUCGAAAAUGCCCGAGGCGAUGUCUACGACUACUCAUAUACCAAGUCAGCACACACACGCCCCAGCGCUGGAUGCAACUCAUGCGAACUCUAAGUCCAUGCUUCUCACGAUCGGUCUCGCGGUGCCCAGCUUCCUGGCGGCUCUUGGGCUCGCCCACUGGUACUGGAGAAAGCGCCGCAGAGCACAAGUACCUGCCUUCGAGGACGCAAGAACGCGAUCAAAGUGUCGUAUCGACUACAAUGCGGAGCCACUUUACCCUCACAGAUCAAUCCAACGGCUGUCGGAGACCAGCUUCUCUACGACUUCACCGUCAGGUCAUGACUACAUGCCAGUCAUUGAGCACGAUCCGCCUCAACUGCCACCAAUAUCACUGCCAGGACCUGGAGGGGCGGAGCAUAAGGAGCUGCUGUGA